AUGGCACAGGAUUCAAAGCCAACGAAGCCAAAAUGGGGGAUGGGAUCGUUUCUUCAGCAGGCAGUGGCGGGCGUGGAAUCUCGGUUGGAUCACAUCUUGAUGGACGAGGAGGGGAACCAGACCAGCUCGACUGGAAAGCCCACUGAGACCCAAAAUGAGGAAGCACUUUCGGGGAAGGCCCCUGCUGCAUCUAUUUCCCGCAGUUCAUCGAGCGCAAAAAGAAACGACCGUCUCCAGGAACGUCUUGCCCGAGCCAUGAUAAAGCAAAAUGCGUCGAAUCUCUCUUCGCAGUCCCCACAAAGCCGAGUAUCAUCUCCGCCUGCUAGUCCGGUACCGAGUAAUGGAGCUCGGUCCAGUAUGGACAUUGACUCGAGUGCUGCAUCGGUUUCAAGUGUACCGGAAGGCCCAAAAAGCCCACCGCCAAACGGAGAGAGUGCUACGGCUGCAUUGGCUUCCCCCAGAAUCAGCUACGACUCUGGAGUAUCAUCACGUCUUUCCGCAGACAUCAGCAUCGCAGAGUCUGCUCCUAGGGCGUCUGUUGAUGUAGUUCAAGCAAGUACCGAUUCCGCAAGGGCUAGCCAAGAACUCCCGAGCUCGCAACGGACCGAGGCACCGAGUGCUCUUGCUUCAGGUGACAGUCCACGGGUUAGCGUUGAUUUGCCAGAGGAGUCACCGGCGGAGGAGCAAAAUCCAGAUUUUGCCCGAAUGCAAGCUGAUAAUAAAGCCACGGAGCCUCAAUGGCAAGAAGAGGUGCAUGGCUACAUCGAACGUAUCGACGCAUUGCAGUCCAAGCUGAAAUAUCUCGCCAAGGAUGCUGCAGAAUCGGCUAGACAUGCUGCAGCGAGCGCCACCCCGGGAAGUAUGCAGAAGCAGCUUCUAGAGAAGGAUGAGAAGAUCGCUUUGCUCCUCGAAGAAGGCCAAAAGCUAUCUAAAUCAGAGAUGGAUCAUCGGAUUGUGAUCAAGAAGUUGCGCCAGCAACUUACCGACAACACCAAAUCGCUGGCUGAAAUGAAAAAGAAGACAGAGAAACUUGAACGAGACCUGGUCAACUCCGAAGCAAGAGCCAAGAGGGCAGAGAUUGCAGAGAAGAGAAUAACAGAUUCUUUAUCGUCUCAAGCAAAAUUGACUAAAGACAUUGAGGCUGUCACGAAUGAGCGGAAUGCGCUCAGCCAAACCGUUCAAGAGAUGAAGUCGCAAUUGAGCCGUGCGGUCUCUCGCGCCGAGGCUGCUGAAACCAAGGCAAACUCUGAUGCACUGAACCGAGAGAAGCAGCGGGCAGACCGACUAGAGGAAGAGCUUUCCAACUUGGAGAUUGAGCAUGAAAUUAGCGAGGAAAAGGCAAAGAAAGAAAUUGCCGAAUUGCAGGAGAAGAUGGAGAAGGAGAAAGAAAAGGCUAGACUGCUCGAAACUGAGUUGAAGGGAGAGCAGUCCGUCUUGGAAAGCAAGAUGGAGAGUCUUCGAUCUCGCGCCGAAGAAGCUUCAUCGGGUGCGACAGGAGAAACUCAAGCCAAACUCCUGCGCCAGAUUGAAACCCUCCAAACUCAAUAUGCCGCUGCUAGUGAAAACUGGCACACUCUUGAGGGUUCCCUGCUUUCACGGCUGGCCAGCGUGGAAAAGGAACGUGAUGAUACUGGUCGACGGGAGAGUGAUCUGCGCAAGAAGAUCCGGGAAAUGAAUGUCAAAUUGAAGAAGUUUGAAGAGGACCUAGAUAACGCCAAAGAGACCGAGCAUGAACUGAACAGCAACCUCGAGGAACGUGUGCAAGAACUAGAAAAGCUACAGCAAAAGCUCGUGAAAGCGUCAGAGGACCUCACUUCAACACAGAAAGAUAUGGCCGAGCAAAAGAAGACAUGCGACAAAACGUGGGCCCAGAAGCUAGAAGACGAGCGAAUCAAAUGGAGAGACCAGAUACAAGUGAACUCCCCAUCGCAGACGCGCGGAGUUUCCCCCGUGGCAUCUACCCGGCGGUCGAGCACCCUGGACGCCCUGACCCCAGCGCUGUCAGACUUCCGUCCUCCUAGCCGACGCUCAUCUGGUAUGCCAUUUGCUUCACCCGAGAUUGGCACGCCACCUCGGCAAAACUCAUACCCUGCCUCGAUCACCCAAGCAACGCUCUCUCCUCCGCACAUUAACACCAACCCAUCCAUUAUGGAGGCACCCUCCAUCAGCUUUGAGCCGGACGAGUAUUUCGGCGAUUCGGGCACUCCUGCCACUCCUUCGGCUUAUGGUGGUACUCAAGCACCACCACGCGGUAUAAACGACAUUAUCUCUGAGUCCACUGUCGGGGCUGGCCCAUCUGUUCAGUUAGUCGAGCGCAUGAGUGCCACGGUCCGCCGCCUAGAGAGCGAACGUGCCGGCUCCAAGGAUGAGCUGGCACGGGUGACAACCCAGCGUGACGAAGCCCGGCAACAAGUUGUAGACUUAAUGCGCGAACUUGAGGCGAAGCAACUUUCUGCUUCUCGCGUGCAGGAACUCGAAGACGAACUGGAAGACCUUGACCAGCGGUAUCAAACAACUCUUGAGAUGCUGGGCGAGAAGAGCGAACAGGUCGACGAGCUGAAUGCUGACAUCGCGGAUCUUAAGAAAAUCUACCGUGAGCUUGUUGACAGCACCAUGAAAUGA